ACAUUCCCCUGCACCCCACCAGAAACGACUUCCACCAGCAAGGCUUUUCUUCUGGCAACAGCGAAUUGUUGUGCAGUGGUCACAUUAUUACGACAUAUCAGCAGUGGUAGUGUAAAUAGAAAAGUAAAAUGGCUAAACUGUAUGUGUUUGAAGGACAUUCUUUAUUAAAUUUCACAUUAAUCCUGGUUUUGCUAGGAUUUGUAAAUGUUAUACAGUCAGAAGUGUAUGAGGUUACAACAGAAAUAUUUAGCGUGGAAGGCAAAGUAUUUCCACCGGAUGCAAAUGUUGCAAGUAAUUGGCAAGUUUCGACUAGAGUAUUGGUGAAUGGUGGAGAUUUUGUAGGAUUUUUAAAGGAAGAUGGUUCUUUCACAAUUAAUAAUGUUCCAUCUGGUUCAUAUGUUGUUGAAGUGGCCAAUCCUAAUUAUGCUUAUGAACCAGUUCGAGUAGAAAUCAAUUCUAAGGGAAAGUACAGAGCUAGGAAAGUAAACUACAUUCAAACUUCACAAGUUCUUCAGGUACCAUAUCCUUUAAAAAUGAAGCCACUGAACCGUUUCCAGUACUUUCAAGUAAGAGAACAAUGGAAACUAACAGAGUUUGUGUUCAGUCCAAUGGUCUUGAUGAUGGUUUUGCCCUUACUGUUGAUAAUGAUACUUCCCAAGAUGAUGAAUGAUCCAGAUGCAAGAAAGGAAAUGGAACAAUUCAACAAUUUCAAAUAUGACAUGCCAGAAGUGUCUGAGGUACUAACUUCAUUCUUUACGGGAAGUGAGAAGCAAAAGCCUCGAGCUGUCAAAUCAAAUAAGAAAAGGCAAUAAUUAUUAUAAACAUACACAUAUAUGCUCAAAAUUUAAUUAAUAUCUUCACUCAAUUCUAAAGGCUUUUGACAACGGUAGUUUACACUUAAAAUUAUUCGUUGUCAGGACUUUUUCCAUUGUCUGUUUUUAAAAUCACUACGUUUCGGAGGCUGGUUCUGUCUCCGUCUUCAGGUGAGAGGUACCUACUCUGUUGGGU